UGUUUUUUUUUUAUUCAUAAAUACUUAAAAAUGAUUAUUUAUGAUAAUUAUAAAUAGAUAUAAAUAUAAAAAAAAUAUUUUAUACACAUAUUAUUUUACAUUUGUAAUAAUUCAUAAAUAUAUUUUUGGGGCGAGUCACACAUAAUAUAUUUUACAGCUGCCCUGAACUAACCUUGUCAUAAAAAGGUCACAGUGAUAAUUUAAAAGACUUUACAGUCAAGUAGAUUUUUUCUUUUUCAAAUAUUAAUAAGCAAUUUUGUUAGAAUACUAUUUCUGUUACUAAGAAAUAAAAAAGAGAAUGCUUAAUUGACUUUGACAUUAAAUAAUCAAAAUGAAUGUUAGUCCAAAAAUUUAAAACAUGGUCAUAAUGCUCAAAUUGUGAUUUUUGUUGAGACCUGUUUCUUGCCUGACCGAAACACUAUAGCAACAAAACACCCCAAAACACCCUAUAGCUUUGUGGCAGCAAGUUUCUUCCUAAAAGUUUAGAUAAAACGUACAUUGUUGAAGAGUUUGAUUACGCCCAGUUUAAGGUGUCAUACCUUGGUCAUGAACACAGUCACGCUUUAAUCACACUCCACUGAUCUGACAAACACCGGAGGUGUAAUUUAAACGUUUUUCCUUGAAUGAUGUCAUUGCACCGCUGGAACAGAUCUUAUCACGUCGAGAGGUAUGAGAUGAACAUCUUAACUCUGGGGUUACUCUGGUCAAUAACCCCCUGAGAUAUAAAAGUCACUAGUGCUGGAUUUCCUGAAGGAGGGCCACAGAAUGACUGCCAUGACUUUGUUUCAUGGGCCAACGUCUCAUUUGCUUUGAUUAUUUGGCUUCCCUUUGAGCUUCGGCCAAAUGGACCAGUUACACAGAAUUCAGGCCACAUUUCUGUAGAAGGCAGUUUUGACCCGGGGUUUCGUCGUUCAAAUUUUGUACAUUUAUACUGUUAGGAAGCAGACUGUGUGUCUGAUGGAAGGGUUUGAAGGCGUCUAGGAUACACGACCAUUCGCCCCCCAAGUGUUAGUGUUUUCUCCACUGAGACCGUUCAAAAAUCCCCCAAAAGUCUCUGAUUCUCUUUGAUCCUUGGGAAAAUCAUGACUUACUCAACCUUUGUGGAGCACAUAAGAGAGCAUCAGUGUUCACUGAUAUCAUCAGUUAAAUAUUUUUAUAAUAUAGCCUACAAUAUAUAAAAUUUACACUACCAUUCAAAGUUUGGGGUCCGUACAAAAUUUUUUGUGAGAGAAAUUAACUUUUAUUCAGCAAGGAUGCAUUAAAUUAAUCAAAAGUGAGAGACAUUUAUUAUGUUACAAAAACUUAUUUGCAAAAAGUUGUAAAUUAAAGAGUAUUACGUUUUUACAAGAAAGAAGUCUUUCUACUUCAAAAUUUCACGGUUAAUUGUGUUACUUGCCUUUUUAUUUGUAAUUAUUUGUGAAUUUUUAGAGUGAAAAUGGUUUCAAAGUAAAUCCUACAGCAAAUUUGAUUCAAUCUAAUUCAAGUAGAUGCUUUUCUUUUGGACUUUUUUAAUUAUCAAAGAAUCCUGAAAAAAAUGUAUCAUGGUUUCCACAAAAAUAUAUUAAGCUGCAUAACUGUUUAAACAUUGAUAAUAAGAAGAAAUGUUUAUUGAACAGCAAAUCAGCAUAUUAGAAUGAUUUCUGAAGGAUCAUGUGACACUGAAGACUGGAAUAAUGAUGCUGAAAAUUCAGCUUUGCCAUCAUAGGUAAAUAACACUUUAAAAUAUGUUAAAACAUUUAUUUUAAAUUGUAAUAAUAUUUCACAAUUUUUGCUGUAUUUUUAAUGAAAUAAAUGCAGCUUUGGUGAGCAUAAGAGACUUCUUACUGACCCCAAACUUUUGAACGGCAGAGUCUGAGCUCCUUUCCAUUAUAUGAAACUCUCAUAUAGUGACCUAAAAAGUAUUUGGGCGCAUAAGUUACACCUAAUGUAUGGGUUUCAUUGCAUUAUAUACAAAAUAUUAAGUGUCAUGUUCACAGAAAUAACACUUUCUGAGCCAUUUUUAGUGGAUGUAAAGUCAUGUAUAAAGUUCACAUUUGCCCUUGAAAAAUGUGCUCUUUCUUUGUGUGAACUAAGUGACCAGAUACAUUUAAUCAAUUAUGUAUAAUUACAUAAUUUUUCCUAAUUUCCUGUUGAUUCUUAGUCAUAUGAUGAAUGAAGAGGAUACAUAGACAGGUAUAUGUGUGUAUACUCAUGUGUAACCAUUUGCAAAUUAAUUGCCCUUCUACACGAUAUAACACAGUAAGGGAUACAGAUGCAUGAGAAUGAGGCGGACUGAUAUGUUACUUUCUAAAGCCAUCACAUUAGCUUCUCCUCAGGUAUCAAAUCCUCGGGUCUGUGCCAAGUGUAUGUCACCUGCCCAUGCUGCAGAAAACACUCUCAUUGGCUGGGCUAAGGGGGGACGGGGAGGCACAGGUUGUUAAAAGGUAGUGAACUGGAUGCUGAUUUCUCUUAGAGAAGGGAACGGAGAGGUGGCACUGAAGUUAGAUGACUAGCGCGUUUGGCUGCUGUUUGUGUGCAGCUAUUGGGACAAUGCCCAAUAUUCUCCACCCAGUCAUCCUGCUGAUGGCCUUGCUGGAGGUAACAACAAGGACUCAAGCAUCACUACCCAAGACCACACAGUGGCCACGACUGAAACCCACAAAGAAGCCUCCGCCUCGAGAUGAAGGGGGUCCUCCACAGCUGCCAGCCCGCUUGGGGUCCCAUUCGAUCACUACCACUGUGAGCCCCACCGCCAUUGGCAUCACAGAGGAAGUCACAGACUCCAUGAUGGAUGCGUACUCUAUUUCCCCCACCGACAGCACCACUUACUCCAGUGAUGCUUAUUCUGCUGACUACCACACGGAGGCCAUGGUUCCUCCUGGGGUGGGCCCUGGGAACUACACGUUGGACUACAACGAGUGCUUUUUCAACUUCUGUGAGUGUUGUCCACCAGAGAGAGGUCCUCCAGGACCGGUAGGAGAAAAGGGAUUGCCGGGUAUUCCAGGAGAAAAGGGGGAGAUGGGACCUCCUGGACUUCCAGGUCAAGAUGGACUCACUGGCACUCCAGGGCCACAUGGAGAAAAAGGAGAGAAAGGUGAUCCUGGAGUGAGUGGGCUACCUGGGAUUCCCGGUGUUACUGGGAAACAAGGAGAGAAAGGUGAAAUGGGCCUCAAAGGAGACAAAGGAGAUACCGGUUUACCCGGGCUGAAAGGAGACCCAGGGGACAGGGGAGAGCCCGGCUGGAAUGGAACAAAGGGAGAAGCGGGUGAGCCUGGCAUACAAGGACUGGCUGGCCCCCCCGGACCAGAUGGCAUCAAAGGGGAGAAAGGUGACAAAGGAGACUGUCCAUUUGGAGAGAAAGGGCAGAAAGGCAGUAUGGGGGAGCCAGGGCCUCAAGGGCCAAAAGGAGACAUGGGCGUGCCAGGUCUGAAUGGCACAGAUGGGCUUCCUGGGGCUAAGGGGCUGAAGGGAGACCCAGGACCCCCAGGUAAGCAGGGAGAGCCUGGUCCUCCAGGACCCCAUGGACCACCAGGGCAGAGGGGGAUGCCAGGGAUGAAAGGCACACGAGGCCUAAAGGGAGCACGAGGUGUCAGGGGAUUCAAGGGCCUUAAAGGUGAACCUGCCGUUCAGAAGCGUUCAGCAUUUAGUGUCGGUCUUUUUCCUAGCCGAUCGUUCCCGCCACCUGGCCUGCCUAUCAAGUUUGACAAAGUCAUUUACAACGAGGAGGGCCACUGGGACCCCCAUGCCAGUAAGUUCAAUUGCACUCAUGGAGGAGUUUACGUCUUUUCCUACUACAUAACUGUGCGCAAUCGCCCCCUGCGUGCAGCCCUGGUAGUGAAUGGCAUUCGGAAACUGCGAACUCGUGACUCCCUUUAUGGCCAGGACAUUGACCAGGCCUCCAACAUGGCAGUGCUUCGUUUAUCAUCUGGAGACCAGGUAUGGCUGGAGACUUUGCGGGACUGGAACGGUGUUUAUUCCAGCAGCGAGGACGACAGCACAUUCUCUGGAUUCCUGCUCUAUGCCGAUGCAACCAAGGACUGAUGGCCAGGAAUCGCAUUGACCUCUGGAUGAACCAUUUUAGACCUAUACUUUGUUUUGUAGGGGUGAACUGGAAGCCACAUAUAUUACCUAAAGUACUUGAGCCCUGAAUUUAGAUUUGUCUACUAACACUAAAUUAUACAGCCACUAAUUAUUAUGCUACCUGUUUUAUUGCCAGAAUAAUCGUUGCUUGAUUGCAUUUAUUUUUUAAUAAGCUGAUGAUUUGUGGCAGCUAUAGCUCUUAACAUAUUUAUACAACUAAACUGGCAACUUAUGCAAUAAAAUUAAUAAUGCUUUAUUUUGGUCUUGCUUUCUUACCUAAAGAUCACACUAUGCUGUGAUUUUUAAACAUUUUUUUGUAAUGUUAAUUUCUUUUUAAUAAAUGCAAGUGUUAGUUCUGUUAAUUAUAAGUGAUAAUUUAUAUUAUCACAUAUAUUAUAUAUUAUAUUUAUAAAAAUUCUGUUAAUUUUUUCGUUCACGUAACCACUGGAAUAAUUUUUUCCAAGGAAUUUUUUUGUAAUUGCAUUAAAACACAUCUAUUUAUAUCCUUUAAUUAAAAUACUAAUGCAUUAUGGCCUAAAAUUAAAUGAAACACACACUCACACACACAACCGGUCAAAAGUUUGGAGUUGGACAUAUUACUAUUUAAAAAAACAGUAAUAUUGUGAAAUAUUAUUACAAUUUUAAAUGAUGGUUUUCUAUUUUAAUAUACUUUAAAAUAUAAUUUAUUUCUGUGAUACAAAGUUAAAUUUUCAGCAUCAUUACUCCAGUCUUCAGUGUCACAUGAUCCUUCAGAAAUCAUUCUAAUAUGCUGAUUUGAUACUCAGUUAUUAUCAAUGUUGGAAACAGUUGUGCUGCUUAUAAAUAUUUUUUGGAACCUGUGAUAUUUUUUUCAGGAUCCACUGACAAAUAAAAAAUAAAAAAGAACAGCAUUUAUUCAAAAUAGAAAUCUUUUCAAACAAUAUAUGUUUAUUCAUUUAACACAUCAUUGCUGAAUAAAAGUAUUAAUUUCUAUCAAAAAAAGAAAGAAAAAAUUUACUGACCCCCAAACUUUUGAACGGUAGUGUAUAUUGUUACAAAAUAUUUCUACUUUAAAUACAUUUUUUUUUUUUUUUACUUUUUAUUCAUCAAAGAAUAUUAAGCAGCACAACUGUUUCCAACAUUGAUAAUAAAUCAGCAUAUUAGAAUGAUUUCUGAAGGAGCAUGUGACACUGAAUUUGAUAGAAUGAUAACAUGUAUCUGAACAAGAUGUCCAGGACCUCCGGCAGAAAAAUAGGCCCACAACAUUAAAGAUCCAGCAGUAUAUUUAACCGUGGGCAUGGGGUACUUUUUAUCUGUGUGCACCAAACCCAUCUGGUGGGUUUGCUGCCAAAAAGCUCUUUUUUAGUUUCAUCUCACCAUAGAAGCCGGUCCUGUUUGAAGUUCCAGUCUUGUCUGACAACUGAAUAUGCUGGAGAUUGUUUCUGGAUGACAGCAGAGGAUUUUUCUUGAAAACCUCCCGAACAACUUGUGGGGAUGUAGGUGCUGUUUGAUCUUUUUUUUUAGGCUUUCUGACCCAGAGACUCAACUAUUUUCUGCAAUUCUCCAGCUGUGAUCCUUGGAGAGUCUUUGGCCACUUAAACUCUCCUCCUCACCGUGCAUUAGGACGAUAGAAACACACGUUCUCUUCCAGGCAGAUUUAUAAAAUUUCCUGUUGAUUGGAAAUUUUUAAUUAUUGCCCUGAUGGUGGAAAUGGUCUUUUUCAAUGCUUUAGCUAUUUUCUUACAGCCACUUUCUAUUUUGCGAAGCUGAACAAUCUUUUGCUGCACAUCAGAACUAUAUUCUUUGGUUUUUCUCAUUGUGAUGAAAGAUUACGGGAAUUUGGCCUUUGUGUUUCCUCAUGUUUAUACUCCUGUGGAACAGGAAGUCAUGGCUGGACAAUUUCAUGUUCAUGAUCACCCUGGUGUGCUAAAAAAAAAAUGUAAAUA